UAAACAAUUGCAAAUGACACAAGUAUGUAAUAGCAUGUGAAUUUAAAGUUACAGUUGAAUACAAAGAAAGUAUCAAUUGGAUAGAAAUUAUGGGGGCAAGAUUAUAUUUCCAAAUGUGUGCAUUGUUUUUUCCUGCUAUAAAUAAAUCCCUGGGAUUUUGCUGAAAGAAAAACUCAGAAUUACUAACAAUUCUAAUUACAGUACAUCACUUGUAUCAAAUUUUAGGAACAUAAUAGAUAGAGAUCAGAGCAGCUAAUUUACCCAUGAAAAUGAAGCUAGCUUUGGCAAUGAUUGUAGUUGCAUGUUUCUUAAGCUCGCGCAUUCAAGCAGCACUGCAAGUAGGAUUCUAUCUCAAUACAUGUCCCUUUGCUGAAGCUAUAAUUAGGAAGGAGGUGUUUAAAUCUUUUCUUAGAGACAACGGGAUUGCUCCUGGCAUUGUUAGGCUGCAUUUCCAUGACUGCUUUGUCAGGGGUUGUGAUGCAUCAAUCCUUAUAGAUUCAACCUCAACAAAUCAAGCUGAGAAGGAUGGUCCACCCAAUGGAAUUACUUUACGAGGACUUGAAGUGAUUGACAAUGCUAAGGCUAGACUCGAAGCUGCUUGUAAAGGGGUUGUGUCGUGUGCUGAUAUCCUUUCAUUUGCUGCAAGGGACUCAGUAUUAUUUACUGGUGGACAAUACUGGAAUGUACCAGCAGGACGUAGAGAUGGCAGGAUUUCGAGAGCAUCAGAAACAAUAGAAAUCCCUGCUCCGUCGUUUGACCUUGAUCAACUCACUCAAUCUUUUGCAAACAAGGGCUUAACACAGGAUGAGAUGGUUAUUCUUUCUGGAGCACAUACAAUUGGGCGCUCACGCUGUUCCUCAUUCACUAAUAGACUCUACAACUUUAGCACCACGACGAUGCAGGACCCAAACCUAAAUCCAUCCUUUGCAGAGUCUUUGAAGCAACAGUGCCCCAGAAAUUCUCAAGGAAAUGUUGAUCAAAACUUGGCUGUUUUCAUGAACCAAAGUCCAUUUCUUAUGGAAUCGAGCUACUAUAGCAAUCUUUUCCAACAUGGCAGUCUAUUUACCUCUGAUCAGGCGCUUCUAGACAGUCAGGAAACUGCACAAGAUGCAGCAGAUUAUGCAUCAAACGGUUUUGCUUGGCGCAGAGAUUUUGCUCAAGCUAUGAUCAAGAUGAGCCAGAUUCAAGUUCUGACUGGUGAUCAAGGAGAGAUUCGAGCUAAUUGCAGGGUGAUUAACCCAUAAAAGGAAUAAACAAAUUGGCCACAGAGCAGAAUUUGCAGCAUUUCCUGCUGUUACUGUAGUUCUGUUUUUACUACUUUACUAGUAAAGCUCUCUUAAAGCCAGUUUAAAUAUUGGGCUACCAUUCUCACAAUGUUUCCUGAAUUGUCAGACUAUAAUAAGGAUAGAGUUUCAGGAAUGCCAGACAAUACGCCGACCUUUAUUAA